AUGUUAAAUUUUAAAAAUGAUAAUAAUAGAAGUAAACAUAAUGACAUAGAUGAUCUUUAUGAAACACCUGUUAAUAUAAAAAAUAAGCAAAAUAAGCAAAAUAAGCCAAACUUCAAUAACUAUAAAACGUGUACAAUGGAGACAUGUUUUGAUUUUACCAAGUGUUACAAUGACUUUCUCGUUUAUGUCUAUCCUCCUGAACCAUUAAAUUCAUUAGGAGCUCAUUCCCCUGCUAGUCCAAACUAUCAAAAAAUACUCACAGCAAUAACAGAAUCAAGGUACUACACAGCGGAUCCAGAUAAAGCAUGUAUAUUUGUGUUAGCAAUCGAUACGCUUGAUCGAGACUCUCUGAGCGAAGAUUUAGUUAGGAAUGUUCCUUUACGAUUACAAAGGUUACCAUACUGGAAUAACGGAAAAAACCACGUAAUUUUUAAUCUUUAUUCAGGAACUUGGCCAGAUUAUCAAGAGUUAGGUCUUGGCUUCGACACGGGACAAGCAAUUCUUGCCAAAGCUAGCAUGAGCAUUCAAACAAUACGACAUAAUUUUGAUAUUAGCAUCCCUUUAUUUCAUAAACAUUUUCCCCAACGAAGUGGGGGGACAGGAAUGGUAACAGCAAAUAAUUUUCCCUCAAAUAAAAAGCAUUUACUGGCCUUCAAAGGAAAGCGUUACGUUCAUGGCAUAGGUUCUGAAACAAGAAACUCUUUGUUUCACCUUCAUAAUGGGAGAGAUAUCGUAAUGGUGACGACUUGCAGACAUGGCAAAAGUUGGAGAGAACUUCAGGAUGGCCGUUGUGAUGAAGAUAAUCGUGAAUAUGAUCAUUACGAUUAUGAAACUCUAUUACAGAAUUCAACAUUCUGUCUGGUUCCUAGAGGGAGAAGAUUAGGAUCUUUUCGAUUUCUUGAAGCUUUACAAGCGGGAUGUAUACCUGUGUUGCUUUCAAAUUCAUGGAUACUUCCAUUCCAUCCACAUAUAGAUUGGAAACAAGCUGUAAUAUGGGGAGACGAACGAUUGCUUUUACAAAUUGUAGAUGUUAUAAGAUCUAUAAGCCCUUCAACAAUAAUGAGAAUGCGACAGCAAAGUCAAAUAUUGUGGGAACAGUACUUUAGUUCAAUAGAAAAAAUUAUUUUUACUACUUUUGAAAUAAUCAGAGAAAGAAUUCCCGAAAAUCCUUUUAGAAAUGGACUCACAUGGAAUACAUCACCUGGAGCACUUUUAACUUUACCCACAUUUUCGGAUACACCACAGAAUUUUCCAUUUUUACUUGACCUAUUUGGAUAUCAACCAAAGGAAAACUUUACUGCAGUUAUCUUUGUUCAGAUAGGACAAACUUUAGGUCCAUCGUCGGCACUUUUUAAACUAGUCAAGAGUAUAACAAAAAGUCAGUAUGUUAAUAGAAUAUUAAUAUUGUGGGCUUCAGAUCAAAAAUUGCCACCAAGGAAAAAAUUUCCGUCAACAGGGCAUGUUCCACUUCAUAUUGUGUCAUCUUUGAGUUCUCCAUUAACUUAUAGUGAGAAUGAUGAAAAUGAAUCUCGUCCAAGUAUAUCACAAAGAUUUCAACCACAUUCACUAAUUGAAACUGAUGCCAUAUUAUCUUUAGACGAAGAUGCCAUUUUAAAUACUGAUGAGAUUGAUUUUGCAUUUAAUGUGUGGAAGUUUUUUCCUGAGAGAAUUGUGGGCUUUCCAGCAAGAGCCCAUUUUUACGAUGAUUCAAAGAACAGUUGGGGCUACACAUCAAAGUGGACAAAUUAUUAUUCAAUCGUGUUGACAGGGGCUGCAUUUUAUCAUCGCUAUUACAAUUAUGUUUACACAAAUUUUCUUUCUCAUUUACUCCUUAAAACUGUCCAUCAAUCUUCAAAUUGUGAAGAUAUUUUAAUGAAUAUGAUGGUAUCUCAUAUUACGCGUAAACCUCCAAUUAAAGUAACUCAGCGGAAAGCAUACAAAGAUCGAGAAAGUGUUAGGUCUCCAUGGAAUGAUCCUGACCAUUUCAUUCAACGCCAAAGUUGCCUCAAUACAUUCGCUGCAGUCUUUGGAUAUAUGCCUCUUUUAAAGUCUAACAUGAGGCUGGAUCCAGUUCUUUAUAAGGAUGCUGUUUCAAAUCUUCGUAAAAAAUACCGACAUAUUGAACUAAUAGGAAACAGAUAG